AUGGCUGGUCGUUUGCUCUUUGCUAUCUUUUUUCUCUCCUUCAUUUUGACUAUCUUGUCGCUUCAAUGUUAUGAAGGUUAUGGUAGAGAUUGUAUAAUUGAUAAUCACGAGAAUUGUGGUGAAGGUGCAAAAUGUGUAUGUGCCAAAUUUCGUUAUAACUGUUCUUUCAUGGAUCUUGGUUGUAAUGAAGAUGAACGAUCAAGAGAUGCAUUUAUAUGGGGAUUCAUAGCUACUUCUCAAGAAGAUUGCAACAACAUGAUGCAACCAUCCUAUGGUUUUUUCAAUGUCACAUGUUGUUCUACAACCAAAUGUAAUCGACCUACUGCUGAUCAAUGUCCAAUGUCUUUACCUUAG